AUGUCGGUGGCUCUCCCCCACACUUACUUCGGUCUCUCCCAGGUGCCCAGGAUGCUGGCACUGUGCCUGCUGUCCCUGGCCUGGCUCAGCGAGGGCUCCCAGCGCAGCGAGCCCAUGUUUGCAGCCGUCACCCACCGCCUCCUCCCGCCCGACUAUGACAGCAACCCCACGCAGCUCAACUAUGGUGUGGCCGUCACCGACCUGGAUGCCGAUGGUGACUUCGAGAUCGUGGUGGCGGGGUACAAUGGCCCCAACCUUGUGCUCAAGUACGACAAGGCACAGGGGCGGCUGGUGAACGUGGCGGAGGAUGAGCGGGGCUCCCCGUACUACGCGCUGCGGGACCGGCAGGGCAACGCCAUCGGCGUGACAGCCUGCGACAUCGACGGGGACGGCCGUGAGGAGAUCUACUUCCUUAACACCAACAACGCCUUCUCCGGCAUGGCCACCUACACGGACAAGCUCUUCAAGCUCCGCAAUGGGCGCUGGGAGGACCUCCUGAGCGACGAGGUGAACCGGGACGUGGCCAGCCGCUUCGCUGGGCGCUCCGUUGCCUGUGUGGACCGGAUGGGCUCCGGCAGGUACUCCAUCUACAUCGCCAACUACGCCAGUGGCAACGUGGGCCCCCACGCCCUGAUUGAGAUGGAUGUGGCUGCCAGUGACCCUGCCCGCGGCAUCGUGGUGCUGGUGGACGUGGCUGCCCAGGCUGGCGUCAGCAAGUACACAGGGGGCCGUGGGGUGGCCGUGGGCCCCAUCCUGAGCGACAGCGCCUCCGACAUAUUCUGCAGUAAUGAGAACAGCCCCAAUUUCCUCUUCCACAACCGGGGGGACGGGACAUACCAGGACGUGGCAGCUGCCGUGGGGCUGGAUGACCCCUACCAGCACGGACGCGGCGUGGCGCUGGCUGACUUCAACCGCGAUGGCCGGGUGGACAUUGUCUACGGCAACUGGAAUGGGCCACACCGCCUCUACUUGCAGAGCGGGGCCCCUGGGCGCGUCCGAUUCCGGGACAUCGCCACCCCCAAGUUCUCCAUGCCGUCCCCCGUCCGCACCGUCAUCGCAGCAGACUUUGACAACGACCAGGAGCUGGAGGUUUUCUUCAACAACAUCGCCUACCGUGGCUCCUCCGCCAACCGCCUCUUCCGGCUCAUCCGCAGGGAGAACUCAGACCCCAUCGUGGAAGAGCUGAAUCCAGGGGAUGCACUGGAGCCUGAAGGACGGGGCACAGGGGGUGCAGUGACAGAUUUUGAUGGCGAUGGGAUGCUGGACCUGAUCCUGUCCCACGGCGAGUCCAUGGCACAGCCGAUCUCCAUCUUCAAGGGCACCCAGGGUGCCGGCAACAACUGGCUGCGCGUCAUCCCCCGCACCCGCUUUGGGGCCUUUGCACGGGGGGCCAAAGUGGUGCUGUUCACGCGGCGUAGCGGGGCCCACCUGCGCAUCAUCGACGGUGGAUCGGGGUACCUCUGUGAGAUGGAGCCUGUGGCGCACUUUGGACUGGGGCAUGACAAAGCCAGCAGCCUGGAGGUGACCUGGCCGGAUGGCCGCGUCGUGGCACGAGCCGUGGCCAGCAGCGAGACCAACUCCGUCCUGGAGGUCCCCUACCCUCUGGAUGCAGAGGAGCCACUCGUGCCUGCCCUGCUGGAGUGCGGGCAGGGAUUCUCCCAGCACGAGAAUGGACGCUGUGUAGACACGGACGAGUGCACCGAGUUCCCCUUUAUCUGCCCCCGGGACAAGCCCAUCUGCAUCAACACCUAUGGCGGGUACCGCUGCCGCAGCAACAAGAGCUGUAGCCGAGGCUUCGAGCCCAAUGAGGAUGGCACAGCUUGUGUGGACAUCGACGAGUGUGCCCAGGGCUUGCACAACUGCAGCCAGCUCUGCACCAAUACCCCUGGGGCACACGCCUGCCACUGCCGCCUGGGCUUCCGCCCCCUUGAUCCCGCUGCCAGCCAGUGCCUGGAUGUAGAUGAGUGCCAGGCACAGCCUGGCCCCUGCGACCAUAUCUGCCACAACAGCCAUGGCUCCUUCCACUGCCACUGCCACCACGGCUUCUCCCUGGGUGCAGGCGGGCGCUGCUGGCACAACUAG